UUCUUGUUCUGAUUCCUCCGAAAUGUCGGUGGGCUCUCUUUUAUUCCUGUUUCUUCUUAUCUGGAACUUCAAUGGCGAAUUGAAUGCUCUAAACGACGAAGGGUUCGCUCUUUUAACUCUCAAGAAGUCUAUUUCAAGAGAUCCAGAUGGUUCUUUAAGUAACUGGAACUCAGAGAAUCAAAACCCUUGUUCUUGGAAUGGAGUCACUUGUGAUGAUCACAAGGUUGUUGUCUCUCUUAGCAUCCCAAAGAAGAAACUUGUAGGUUAUCUUCCUUCUUCUCUUGGUUUGCUUACUAAUCUUCGUCAUUUGAAUUUGAGAAGCAAUGAGCUUAGUGGGAACUUACCUGUUGAGCUCUUUAAGGCUCAAGGGCUUCAAAGUUUGGUUCUUUAUGGGAAUUUCUUAUCUGGGUCUAUUCCAAAUGAGAUUGGUGACUUGAAGUUUCUGCAAAUUUUGGAUCUUUCUCGUAAUUCUCUUAAUGGGUCGAUUCCAGAAUCGGUUUUGAAGUGUAACAGGCUUAGGAGCUUUGAUUUGAGUCAGAAUAAUCUCACUGGUUCUGUUCCUAGUGGAUUUGGUCAGGCUUUGGCUUUGUUACAGAAGCUUGAUCUUUCUUCUAACAAUCUUAAUGGUCCUGUUCCUGAUGAUUUGGGGAAUUUGACUAGAUUGCAAGGAACUCUUGAUUUGUCUCAUAAUUCGUUUAGUGGCUCGAUUCCAGCUAGCUUGGGGAAUUUGCCUGAGAAAGUGUAUGUCAAUCUAGCUUACAACAACUUGAGUGGACCAAUCCCACAAACCGGUGCUUUGGUGAACAGAGGACCAACUGCAUUCUUGGGGAAUCCGAGGCUGUGUGGCCCUCCAUUGAAGGAUCCUUGUUUGCCAGAUACCGGAGAUUCUCCAACAUCUCACCCUUUUGUACCUGAAAACAACGAGCACGGUGGAGGAGGGUCGAAGAGAGGAGAAGGUCUAAGUAAAACUGCUAUUGUUGCAAUUGUGGUCUGUGAUUUCAUUGGAAUCUGCAUUGUGGGAUUUCUCUUCUCUUGUUGCUACUUGAAGAUAUGUGCGCGUCGUAAUAGUGUGGAUGAGGAAGGCUAUGUGUUGGAGAAAGAAGGGAAAGAAAAGAAAGGUUCUUUCUGUUUCAGAAGAGAUGGAUCAGAGUCCCCUUCUUCGGAAAAUCUUGAGCCACAACAGGAUCUUGUUCUGUUGGAUAAACAUAUGGUUUUGGAUUUAGAUGAGCUGCUUAAGGCUUCUGCUUUUGUUCUUGGAAAAGGCGGGAACGGGAUUGUGUAUAAAGUUGUCCUCGAAGAUGGUCUAACGGUUGCGGUUAGGAGAUUGGGAGAAGGAGGAUCCCAAAGAUGCAAGGAGUUUCAGACAGAAGUCGAAGCGAUUGGGAAGCUAAGGCAUCCGAAUAUUGUUAGUCUUAAAGCUUAUUAUUGGUCAGUUGAAGAGAAGCUUCUCAUCUACGACUACAUUCCUAAUGGAAGUCUUGCCAAUGCACUCCACGGAAAUCCUGCAAUGGUGUCAUUCAAGCCGUUGUCUUGGGGAGUACGGUUAAAGAUAAUGAGGGGUAUCUCAAGAGGGUUGGUGUAUCUUCACGAGUUUAGCCCCAAAAAGUAUGUUCAUGGAUCUCUGAAACUCAGCAAUAUACUGCUGGGACAGGAUAUGGAGCCUCAUAUCUCGGAUUUCGGACUCAUGCACCUCUCUAGCAUUGCUGGAACAUUGGAAUCAACCACAGUUCCAUCCAACAAGACCGCCUCAUCGAUUGGAUCAUCUGCAAACUUGAGCUCAUUUUAUCAAGCUCCUGAAGCCACGAAAGCAACAGUGAAGCCAUCACAGAAGUGGGAUGUAUACUCAUUCGGGGUGAUCUUGCUAGAGAUGAUAACAGGAAGAUUACCGAUUGUUUUCGUGGGUAAAUCGGAAAUGGAGAUAGUGAAGUGGAUACAAAUGUGUAUCGAUGAGAAGAAAGAGAUGGCAGACAUUUUGGAUCCUUAUUUGGUGCCUAAUGACACAGAGAUUGAAGAAGAGGUCAUCGCCGUGUUGAAAAUUGCAAUGGCUUGCGUUAGUACUAGCCCCGAGAAACGCCCACCGAUGAAGCAUAUUGCUGAUGCUUUGACCCAGAUUUGCCUUCAGUGACUCAUAACAAAAAGUGUUGCAAGUCAAAAUUGUGAGUAUGUUUAAAGGAAUAGUCUUAUUGUUGUGUCUUGUUCCCUUGUAAUAUCAAAAUCUUUGUUACUUCAAAAUAGAGUUUCUUUGUAACG